AUGACUGAAACAACUCCCAAAAUCGCCAACUCACACCAUCUAGAGGAGGCUUUCGCAGAGGAUGUGGAGCUUAAAGUUGCCGCUGCCGUUCAAGAGGUAGAGAUUGACUCAGCCGAGGAGAAGAAGCUGCGUUGGAAGAUCGACCUCUAUCUCAUGCCGGCAUUAUGGGAUCGAUCCAACCUUGGGAACGCUAGAGUUGCGGGGAUGUACACGGAUUUAGGGCUCAACGACCAGGACUACUAUCACGCCGUCGUGACUUUCCAGGUCGGAUAUCUGCUCGCUGGAACACCCUCCAAUAUGAUCUUGGUUCGAGUUAGACCGUCGCUCUACAUUCCUGCCUUGAUGUUUUUGUGGGGAACGUGCGCAAUGUGUCUAGGGGCUAUCCAGAACAAAGGCCAGUUAUGGGCGGUCCGUUUUUUGCUUGGUAUAACAGAAGCCGGCUUUGCGCCUGGUGUGUUCUUUCUCAUCAGCUCAUGGUACAAGAGAGAAGAACAGUCAAAGCGAUUUGUUUUCUUUCUAAGCGCCUCAAUCCUUUCGGGAGCCUUCGGAGGUAUUAUUGCUGGAAUCAUUGCAGGCAAUCUCGACGGGGCACAUGGACUCCCAGGAUGGCGCUGGCUCUUCAUUGUCGAGGGUGUUUUGACCGUCGGCAUUGCGUUCAUUGCUCCGUUCUUCCUCCUUGACUUCCCAGCUACUUCAAAGAAACUUACCCAGGAAGAAAAGAAGCUCGCCAUUGCACGCCUGGCCAAAGAGCAGAUUACAUCCAGAAAUGCCAAUGUCGCAACCAAGCUUUCCCACUGGCGGGCCUUUGUUUCAGCCGUUACAAACUGGAGGCUCUAUUUCCUCGCUGUGCCUUAUAUGCAGCUCGUUGGAUCGAGCGCACUGGCCUAUUUCUAUCCUUAUCUCAUCCAAGGUCUGGGCUAUACCGCCAUCAAUGCUCAGUUUAUGACUGCUCCAUUGUACGUUGUGGCUUUGGCGAUUGCAAUCCCAACAUCAAUAUUGGCGGAUAGGUUUUCUGCAAAAAGAGCUCUCUUCGUUGCGACGAUCAUGCUCCUCGGUGCAGUCUUUUGUGGUCUUGCGACUGGUAUUCGCGCUUAUGUGCCUCGUUAUGUCUUCCUCUGCUUCAUUAACAGUGCGAUUUGGACGGGAAGUCCUAUUGCCUUGUCUUAUGCCACCAGUUGCUUGGGUAUUGUGGAUACCGAAACACGUGCAAUCAGCUUGGGAAUCAUCAACGGCUUGUCUCAGCUCGCCCAGGUCUACGGCUCAGCCUUGUUCCCGAGCAAGGAUGCUCCCGAGUACUUGAAAGGUUUCGGUACUUAUACCGGCCUCUUCACGAUGGGGACAGCGAUUGCUUUCACUGGCCAUUUUCUUCUCAAGAGAUACCCAUAUCGUGCAGACUUCGAAUGA